AUGAACGUAUCGGCCCUCACAGACAUUGCGCUCCAAAUAAUGGGCUACAAAAUGUACGACCGGAACGGUGUCCCGAUCGACACGCUGGACGAAAUGAUCGUCAAGUAUCAAGCAAACAAAGACGACCACCAACCACCGCCCACCGCCAAGGCCAAAGGCAUGAAACGUAAAUCGUCCAACACACCGGUAGGCAGUCAGGAACAUUUCUUCUACCAGUUUGGUCUGCCGUCGUUUGACACGCUGCUCGACAGCCCGAAACAGUACGUGGAAAUGCAGAUGGUAACGUUCGUCCAGCAGCAACAGGAUCGGCUAAUAGUGCUGCGGACGGAAGAUGAUAGUGCUAACAAACCGUCGCUCAAAGCGAUCCGCACGGCGAUAGGGAAAAAGGUCGCAAAGGAGAAGCCAAUGAUGAUGGCAAAGAUGAACAAAAUUUUCAACGCAAUGAACAAGGCGGAUGAGGUGGAACUGCUGUCACGAACGCAAUUUGAUUUGGAAGUUGGCGAACACAUUCUGCUCAAGCAAGGUUUACUGCUGCGUGAGUUUAACACACUGCUACAGCUACUGAAACGCAUCAUGGAGGAUCUGGCUGGGAAUUACGAACAAUUCGAUUUCGCCUUCUACCUGGUACAAAAGCUGUACGAACAGAUUAAAACCCCAAACGAUCAAGCGUGA